UUGAAAGUUUAAUCAAUCACUUUUGUCUGCCACAAUUUCAUUACGUUUGGCAACUUCAUCCCAACUUAUUAAAUGAAGAUAAAUUUUCUUGUCAAAUUGAAUCUGUUAUCACUCGCAAGAGAAAGUUGUUGUACAACGUAAAGAGAGCCACCAACAAAGAUAACUUCUUAAAUAAAUAAUUAGUUUCCAAGUCAUAAUUUUCAAGUUAUUUUUUGUAAUUUUCUUGAGUUUUAAGAAUUUUUAUAAUAUAAACUCAAUUCAAACUAAUCAAAACACUAGAAUCUUAAUCAUUCUAUUUAUUUUAAAGAUUUGACAUUAUUUUUAACCUUUGCUAUCAUUUCUCUAAGGCAAAACGUCUUUUAGCAAUUAAUCCUCAAAAUAUUUGCAAAUAAAAAUUGGGUUUAUUUGCCAAAAAAAAAAUAGAAAUUAGAUUUGUAGAAAAAAGAAGAGAAAAUAAAAAAAUUUGGUUAGUUAGUGAAUUUAUAUUUUCUUUAUAGGUAGUAGGUCUAAUUUCCUAUAAAAAUUACUACUAUUUUAUAAAAUAAAAUUUUGAUCGAGUGGUUCGACCUGAAACCUCUUCCUUCUUGAUUAUAUCUUUAGACAUUCUCAUUUUUAAGAUUGAACAUAUGAACAUGUGAUCAUAUCAUAAUCUAAAUACAAGAUUCUAGAUCUUGAUAGUAGAACUAAGGUUAAAAGAAAAUUUACUAUCUAUAUUAUUGAAACAAAUGAAUUCUACCAAUGAUAUUUUGAAUUUUAGAUAUUUUAUUAUAACAAAUAUUAUAGUAUUAUUUAAAUUAACAAUAAAUCCAUAAUUAUUAUUAAAACACAUAAAUUAAAUUAAUUCAGUAUUAAAUUUUAAAAAAUAUAUUUAACUAUAUUUUUAUUGCAAAUUACAGUAAUUAAAAAUAAAAUUAUUUAAUUAACUAUCCAAUGUACACCAUGACAAAGUUAGUAAACUAUAAAAAUUUAUAUCUACGAGGACUACAUAUUAUCUAAAAAUAUACUAACAUCAAAUUAAUUUUCUUAAAAAAGAACUCCUGCCUCCAGGUCAGAAUCUUUCUAUUCUUUGACACCGAAGCAUCAUAUUUUAAACCGAACGUACAACGAAUAAUGUUGUUUAUAGCCCGAACCGUACCGAGAUCUAAUAUUUAUUAAACCGAACCGGUUUACCAUCAUCGUCGUCGUCACUCUCACUCGUCUCUUAACCUAACUUCACACAUUCGAAUCUCUUGAUCACAGGUGCUACUACAAUGCGUCUUCCAACUCCGAUAAUCAACGAAAGUCGCCGCCUUUCAUCGUCUCCCCGAUCAUGGAUAUCUCCAAUCUCCUUAACCCCCAAGAAGAAACCAGACCCACCUCCCGAAUCCUCAAUCUCACAAGUGGACCUAAACCCUAAACCCCAAUUCAUCUCCCACGAAUCCGCAAUCAACCUCAUCAAACGCGAGAGAGACCCUCAGCGAGCCCUCGACCUCUUCAACAAAGCCUCCCAACAGAAAGGCUUCAACCACAACAGCGCCACGUACUCCGUCCUCCUGGACAAUCUCCUCAGGCACAAGAAGCUCAACGCCGUCGACGCGAUUCUACGCCAGAUGAAGCACGAGACUUGCAGGUUCCAGGAAGGUCUGUUCCUCAACUUAAUGAGACAUUUCUCCAGGUUCGAGCUGCACGAUAAGGUGAUUGAGAUGUUUGGGUUGAUCCAAGUGGUCGCACGUGUGAAGCCUUCUCUCAACGCAGUUAGCACGUGCCUCAACCUCCUUGUGGACUCGAAGGAGGUUGGUUUGGCCAAGAAGCUGUUAUUGUAUGGUAAAAAGAAUCUUGGGUUGCAGCCGAACACUUGCAUUUUCAAUAUUCUUGUGAAGCAUCACUGCAAGAGUGGGGAUGUUGAUUCUGCGUUUGGAGUUGUGGAGGAGAUGAAAAGAUCUGGACUUUCGUAUCCGAAUUUGAUUACUUACUCGACGUUGAUGGAGUGUUUGUUUGUACAGUCCAGGUCUAAAGAAGCUAUGGAGUUGUUUGAGGAUAUGAUCUCUAAAGAAGGGAUCUCUCCUGAUCCUGUGACGUUCAAUGUUAUGAUCAAUGGGUUUUGUCGUGCAGGGGAGGUUGAGAGGGGGAAGAUGAUUAUAGAGUUUAUGAAGAAGAACGGAUGUAAUCCUAAUGUGUAUAAUUACUCUGCUUUGAUGAAUGGGUUUUGUAAAGAGGGAAGGGCUCAGGAAGCUAAAGAAGUCUUUGAUGAGGUUAAGGAGACUGGUUUGAAACUAGACACGGUUGGUUAUACAACGCUGAUGAACUGCUUUUGUAGAAAUGGUGAGGUUGAUGAGGCUAUGGAGUUGCUUGGAGAGAUGAAAGCGUCUGGAUGCAGAGCUGAUGCGUUAACUUACAAUGUAAUACUCAGGGGUUUGUGCGGAGAAGGACGAACAGAAGAAGCUCUUGAGAUGUUAGGUCAAUGGGGAUGCGAAGAAGGAGUUCAUCUGAACAAAGGUAGUUAUAGGAUCAUACUAAACGCGUUGUGCAAGAACGGUGAGCUGGAGAAAGCGGUGGAGUUUUUGAGUUUGAUGUCGAAGAAAGGGGUUUGGCCACACCAUGGGACUUGGAACGAGUUAGUGGUUCGCCUCUGCGGAUCCGGGAAUGCAGAAAUGGGGAUUCGAGUUCUGACAGGGUUUGUGGGAAUGGGUUUUAAACCAGAGCCUGAGUCUUGGAGAGCUGUGGUUGAAUCAAUAUGCAAAGAGAGGAAGUUAUUACAUGUCUUUGAAGUUCUUGAUUCUUUAGUUUCUUGAUUAUUUAAACCCCUUUAUUGAUAUUAGUUACUCUUACAACAACA